GCUCCGGGAGGGCGGGGAAGAUGCUGCGGGCACCGAGGGGGCGGCCUGGGGCCGUAUUCCUGUGGCUCGUCGUGGCGGCGCGCACCAUGGCCGGAGCGCCCACGGUCUCGCUCCCUGAACUGCGUUCGCUCCUGGCCUCGGGCCAGGCCCGGCUCAUCGAUGUGAGAUCUCGGGAGGAGGCGGCAGCGGGGACCAUCCCGGGGGCGCUCAACAUCCCGGUAUCUGAGCUGGAAAGUGCCCUGCAGAUGGAGCCCGCUGCUUUCAAGGCUUUGUAUUCCGCCGAGAAGCCGAAGCUGGAAGAGGAGAACCUCAUUUUCUUCUGUCAGAUGGGCAGGCGGGGCUUGCAGGCCACGCAGCUGGCCCAAGGCCUUGGAUACACAGGGGCUCGAAACUACGCAGGAGCCUAUAGAGAAUGGUCCCAGAAAGAAGAUUAGGUAGAAGAUGGCUUACCGAUGGCCCCCUCUCCCCCACCCCCAUGGCCAAAAACCCUAACCAAGGGUGGGGGUGGGGAAGGGGCAGACUUAGAAUGGGCAGCUCCUUACAGCACUGAGCACACAAGCCUAUCCAAUAAAGAUAAUUUAAUAAAAAUCCUGGAAGCA